AUGGAACGUAAACACGGCAGAUUUAAAAAUUCACCAAUAGCGUGCGCCGUCGCAGCGUCAUCGUCAUUGUUUACCACCGGACCCAACCGUUUUCAUGAUAAUCUGAUCAGUUGAGAAUUUGAGAUUCCCUCGUUUUCGCAUUUUACGUGUUUUAACAGUUUUGACUCGUCCGGCUGGUUUUCUGGCCGAUCACGUAGUACUUACAUCUUCGACGAAGCAUUUUAYUUCUUUGGACGCAGAUUUGCACAGAUAAGAUUUAUAUUUCCGUUGUUUCCGACGCCAAAAAUCGUUUCUCGUCUUUUCGAUUGCCAUGUUAACUAGAAGAUCAAGGAAAGAAGGGGUUGCUUCACCAAGUGAUACUGAAAAACCCUCAAAAGCUAAAAGAUCAGCAACACCAUCCAAAGCUAAAAAACCAGUCGCUAUUCGUCGUCGUAGCAAAAGUAAAUCUGUAGAGAGGAAGAUAAGGACUCGAUCUAGAUCAGUUACCAAGACAACAAGUCCUCGAGUUGUUCUAGAGCGUUAUGAUCCAAAAAAAGAAAAUCCGAUCGAUAAAAAGAAAGAGAUCAAAAAUGAUAAGGCUGUUCAACCGGUUAAUUCGAAAACAAGAAAGAGUCCAACUCCUGUUAAAGAAGUCAACUCAAAAAUUAAUCCUACUAUGCAUAAUACAAAUGAUAAUAUCUCCAUAGCAUCAUCCAGAUCAAGAUUGGAUUAUAAUGAAGAAUCUGAUGAUGAACCUAAAAUAGCAUAUAAAACAAAAACUUAUCCUACAGAAUUUGGAGGUUCAGUUGGCAAUAUCUUAUUAACCGCAUUUUUCCCAAUGUCGGUUAUCCUUGUCAAAAUUGCCAUAAAAACUAAAGGAAAUUUAAUACCUUUUCCUCGAGGUUAUUUAAGAUUAGCCAACUAUUAUGAUCAAGAAGUAUUUAUAUGGACUGCUGCUAUUAUAUUUCUUCAAUUGUUGAUAUCACUUGUACCUUUAGCAAAAAAAUCCAGAUCAUUACUAAAUGAUGAUUUUAAGUUUAUCCACUACAGGUUUUCAGGAUUUUUCAAUUUAAUUAUAGCUGCUUUGAUUAUUUGGUUGAUGGAUUAUUACAAGUGCCCGAUAAAUUUUAUUUUAGAAAUGGUGACUAAAAAGACUGUACCUCAUAUUGUAGCAUCAGUUUUAUACACAUCUAUUUUUUCCAUAAUUUUAUUUAUAAAAGCCAAGUAUAUAGAUAAAAUCAAUGAUAAUUCUUCUUUUAAUUUUAUACAAAAAUUGUUUACUGGAACAAUAAUAAAUCCUACAUUGGGGCCUAUUAAUAUCAAAUUGGCUUUUUGUAGAUAUUCUUCAUUGAUGACUAUUUUAUUUAAUUACCUUGUGAUCAUGGACUCUCUUAAAAAUCCAGUUAAUAUUCAUCUUUAUUUUGUUGCUGGACUGCAAAUAUUUUUUGCUCUAGAUAAAUUGAUUUUUGAAUUUAAUUUAUUGUCUUCGUUUUAUUUACAAAAUGAAAAAGAUGGAUAUUGGACUAUUAUUCAACAAUUUCUACAACCGAUUAUAAAUUUUUUACCCAUUCAAAUUUUACUUGCAAACAAUUUACCUGUUAAUUAUUAUGUUUUGAGUAUUUCAUCAUUUAUCUUUUUAUUUGGCUAUAUUUGUCAACGUUAUAGUGAUUUCACUAAAUAUCAGUAUGAAAAAAACUUGACAUUUGUCUAUAAGCCUACUUAUGUGAGAACUAUUGUAGAUGGUAUUUGGUCAUACGUGAGGUAUCCUAAUUACAUAGGAACCAUAAUUGUACACUUAGCCUUAAUCUUGCCAAUAUUUGAACCUAAUCUUGGCAGCUUACAAUCAUCUUGGCCAGUACUUUUUUAUCCUUUGUAUUACAUAAUUACUUUAUCCCACCAAUGUGUGCGUAUUUCUACCUUCAGCCGUUUACAGUAUGGUGAUACAUGGGAUCGUUAUUAUACAACAAAAUGGAAUUUAAUACCAAAAAUAUUUUGAAUUUAUUUAUUUUUAUAGAAAUAAGUCAUAUUAUGUCUUUAAUUUUAAGCUGGAUUCCAAAUUAAUUUGAUUUGUUUUUAUUUGUAUAUUUGAUUUAUAURAAUGUCUCGGUAACUGAAGGAAUCUUAAGAUUUUAAUUUUAAUUCCAUUUAUUAAUGUGCAGAUUUAGAUUGAUAAAACUAAUAUGAAUAAUGUAUAUAUUUAUUAUUUAUAUUAUGARUACUUAUAAUAUUCCAUGUUUUUAGUAAAUAUGAUUUAAAAAAUAAUGUAUGUGUAAUAAUAAUGCCAUAUUUAUGUUGUAUAAAAUACAUGUUUAAACUACUUCAUUCAAAGUAUGCAUUAAUAUAUUGCAAUUUUAAGUAACUAUUUUAGGUGUAUAAUUAUAAAGUUAACUAUUAAGUUGAAAAUAUUGCUGUUUAAUGUAAAUAACAGAAUGUUUAUUUUGUACAAGAAUUAUAAAACUAGUUAAAUAAAUCCAAUUUAACUUUAAUGACUUAAGCAUGUGUAGUUAAGAAUCAUAGUGUAUUUUUGAUGGUUUUACUUAAAAUCAAGAUCAAUGACUAACUUUUUCAUAUAGCUUGUAUGUAUCUUAUUAUAGUUAUUUAGUGGUUUAUAACCAACAGUAUAUUAUAAAUUAAUGGUAUUAUGUUUAAGUAUGUUGUAUUGGUUUUAGAUUAAUGUAAUACUACUUAUUAUAUUUAAAAAAAAAAUA